CGGCGAAUGCAAGAGCAGGCACUGAAGGAUCCAUGCUGUAUCAAUGAUGGAAAUGAAGAGAAGUUGAUAGUCGGGGAGCCAGGUUUUCUUUCGCCCCAGGAAAGGGCGCUGAUGGUGCAGCUAAUGAAGAAGAGGCAUCGCGCGUACGUCUUUAAUGACGACCAGCGGGGGAGGCUGGAUGUGGACAAGAUCCCAAUGAUCCAGAUCCACACGGUCCCCCACGAGCCUUGGAAUCUAAGGGGUGCGCGAUACCCAAACCCUGAUGAGGAGAAGAUAGUGGUGGACUAUCUGGAUGGCAAGAUGCGCACGCAUGUUGCUGGCUACUCUAGCGGUCCGUAUGCUUCCCCUUGGUUCUGCUUUAUUAAGCCGAACGGGACGCUACGAUGGGUGCAGGUUCUGCAGCGACUAAAUGCGGUAACGGUGCGAGAUGCGGGAGGCUUGCCAAACGCGGAUGCACUCUCAGAGUCAUGCGCGGGGCGGCCUAUAAUCUCACUUAUAGACCUCUAUUAUGGGUAUGAUCAGUUCCCUGUGUACCCGCCCGAUAGGCCGGUGACGGCGAUGCACACGCCAAGGGGGCUAAUCCACAUGAAUGUGGCCCCCCAGGGUUGGACGAAUGCGGUGGCAAUGGUGCAAAGACAUAUGAUCAGGGCCAUGCAAACGGUCAGUCCGCACAUCACUCACCCCUACAUCGACGACUUGGCGGUCAAAGGCCCGAAGGAGAAAGAGGAGGACGAGGUGCAGCCCAAAGUGAGGCAUUUUGUCUGGAGGCAUAUCCAGGAUCUCGAUCUGGUCUUGGGUCUGCUAGAGGAAUACAACCUCACUGCAAGUGGGCCAAAAUCCAAGCACUGCAUGAGAGAAGCCACUGUUCCGGGGUUUGUCUGCAACGAGAAGGGUCGGAAGCCGGACGUGAAGAAGGCAGACAAAAUCCUAGAGUGGCCGAUACCCUUCCAAUCCAUAACGGAUGUGAGGAGCUUUCUUGGCACCUGCGGAUUUUGGAGGAGCUUCGUGAAAGACUUCGCCGCCAAGACUGAGCAUUUAAGGAAGCUGGUGCGCCAGGACCAGGAGUGGGUUUGGGGCGAAGACCAGGAACAAGCAGUGACCAGGAUGAAAGGAGAGUUCAGGGAAGGAGGAUUGGUGCUGGGGGCGCCGAACUAUGAGGGGACUGAAGAAAGGCCAUUCAUCAUCGAGACUGACGCUGGGCCGACCGCCUUGGGAGGGGUCCUAAUUCAGGCGGAUGCUGAAGGAAAGGAGAGGCCGCUAAGAUUCGAAAGUCGUACUCUUAACACGACUGAGAGAAAUUACUCUCAGUUUAAGAGAGAGACGCUUGCGGUACUCCAUUGCCUAAGGAUCUUCCGGAAUUACGUCUUCGGUAGGAGAUUUAUAUUGAGGGUAGACCCGACGGCACUGGCCUGUUCCCUGAAGAAUUGUACUCCAUCUAACCCAACCAUCGCUCGAUGGUUGACGUACAUUUGGAUGUUUAAUUUUGAGUUGGAAAGCAUUCCGGGGAACAGGAAUCGGCCUCAUGGCCUGAGCCGUGUCAACUGGGACAGUGGGAAUCAGGAGUCGACUGAAGACACCCCGCCAGUCGACGGGUUCUUGGAUCAGGAGGAAGAUGUGCGGCUGCAUAUAAACGAGUGGCCGCUGCGAGUACCCAACUGUGUCAGCCAUCCCAUAUGGAUAGCGCCAAGAGGGUACGAGCGGAAGACCGACUUAGUCCUCAAGCCAUUUCAGGAGGAGGAUCUGUGGGGAGGCAAGGAUGUCCAGUGGAUGAUGAGGUUGGCGUUGGCAGGGAUGCAUGACCUGGUGGAAGAGGUGAGGGCGAUAGAGGAAGGGCCCACUCAAGUGGAGGAGCAUGAGCAGCUGAUGGGAGGAAUGUACGUGCUCACUAAUACGCUUGUGCAAGGGGACUUUGACCAAAGGAACUCCCUAAGCCCAAUGGAGCGUGAGGGCCUCAUCCCGGAAAGCCAGGAUGACGAGUUCGAAGAAGGGGAGAUUAAGGAGGCAUUCCGGGCAGAGGAAUACGAUGGGAUCUAUCUUGAGUUGCGUCUGCUCCUAUCCUGCGAAAUGAGAGACAGGGAUGCUAGCGACAAGGCUCAGAAGAUGAGGCACCUCUAUGCGGUGAGAGAUGGUCAUCUGUUUAUAAAGCGGCAAGUUGUAAGCCCCAAGCGGGUUGUGUGCGAGAGGAACCGACAGUUGGACAUCAUAGCGGCAUUACAUGAUGGUAUAGCAGAAGGGCACAAAGGGAUAGGUGCCACGUGCGCAAAGAUAAGUGAGCUAUACCACUGGGAUGGAAUGUUGAGCAUGGUCAUCAAGUACUGCCAGUCUUGUGUCCCCUGUCAAGAGAGGUCUGCCCAGAGGCCAGGGGAACCCCUGCACCCAAGGUUGGAGACGGAGGUAGGCGCAAUUGUACAUUUGGACUUACUCUUCAUGCCGGCUGCAGAAAAUGGGUGUAAUUAUAUCUUCGAUGCACGUAAUAACCUCACCGGGUUCGUAGACGGGCGGGCUAUUCGCUUGAAAACUGGCCGAGUGUUAGCCAAUUGUAUCGAGGAAUACUACUUACGCUACCCGUUCGUCAAAGAAUUUGUGAUGGAUCGAGGAUCCGAGUUUACCUGUAAGGAGGUGCAGCUGGCAGGAUAUGGCGUGGUGGCAAAUUACACCACCGCGGCGCACCCUCAAGCCAACGCGCCUGUGGAGAGGGGGCAUAGCACCAUCACGAACCUCCUGGCCAAAUGGACAGAGGGCAGGCCCGGUCAGUGGCCGAAGUUCUUGCGAGCAGCUUUCUUCGUGGAAAACGUCACGGUAAAAAGGACCACCAAGAACGCGCCUGCCACUCUAUGGUAUGGAAGGCAUGCCACCUUCCCUAUCAAGAGCUUCCUAAAGACUUGGAGACGGACCUGUCGUUUGAAGAGUUGCUCGAUAUCCGGGCACGGCAGGUGGGGGCAGCAGAGGAAAGGCUACGAGAGGCCUCCAAGAGUGAGCCCUAUGGACCCAUCAGGAGAGGAGCGGAUUCGCCCUGAGCCCGAGGCAGAGCCACUCAGGUUGAAGGGGGUAGGUGCGAAAGAUGUUAUUGUGGUAGAAGGUGAUACUCAUCCCGUCUCCCCAACUCGAGUUCAGAUGCGGCGGUCUUGGCCAGAGGGCGUCCCGGAGCCGGACAGCCAGGAGGCCCCAGUACCACCGCCAGAGGUCGCUAUGUCACCCAGGCAGGAGGUUGAGGCGAGGGGGCCAGCGGAGAGGUGGAGGACGGAGCCCCGCCUGGUCAUUGACUCACGGUUAGCCGCGCAUGCGACUGAGCACCCUGACAUUGAGGGGCCCAGCUUGGCUGGGCCAUCAUCGGGGCCAGCGUGUGCUGAGGUAGAAGGAGGCAUGAGGGCUGCAACCGGGGAGGUCACGGAGGCGGGCACAGGAAAGGAGCCAGACAAAGCCGCCCAGGCGAAGCGAGCCAAGGUGCAAGCCCGCCUCGCGGAGAUACAUCCGCGGAGGGACAGGAUGGAGGCUGCAGGGAUAGCGCCAACGCCACCAGUCGACCCUAAGACAAAGGAAAGGGCACAGAACGAGGCUUGGAGGGCUCGCCUGGAAGCGAAGGAGGCUGAGUGGGAUGAGAAGCUCAAGGGGAUGGCGGCCGUAGUGGAGAGUCUUUCGGCUACCAAGGUGGUCGACUGGACUGAACAGAGCAGGUACGACAUCCAGGGCGAGGGGGUGCAGGAGCUGUUUGGCCAAGAGGAGGUAGCAGAGGCAUCUCGGCAAGAGAAGUUAAGGAAGCUCGAGGCGCAAAGGGGGGAGCCAUCACGUUUGGACGAGUUGGUAGCUGCCAUGGAGGUGGAUAUGCCGCCAGAGAGGCCUCGGGGACUGGAGACCCCAAAGCACGAGCCAAAGAUGGGGGAGUUGAGGGCACAGCUGGGCUCGUGGGCCACUGGGACCGAUUCGGGAGGGCCGACUACUGAUCAGCAGCAGCAGGAGGCCACGAGCCAGCCUACUAGAGCCGCUAAUCCCCAGACUCCGAGGCCUCGCGAGAGUGAGGAAGCGGCUAUGGUAGAGGGAACCCGCGAGGGCAGGCCACUGAGGCUGGAUACCCAUGAGUACCAACCCAAGGGAGGGAUGCAGCAAGGGGAGUCGAGUGCCCAGGAAAUUGGAGGAAGAGCUGAGAGACCGUGGCACCUGCCCCAGAGUCAUGAAGUGAGCGAGGAGAAGGGAGAGGCACCUCCGUCGUCAGGGACCCAGAGAAAGAAGAAGAGAUUUCAGAGAAAAUCGGAGGCUAUGUGUUUCUACUUCCUGGAUGGUGUGCACAGGGCCCUGAAGUGCCCUAAGUUCCUCAAGGACAAGGCUGAGGGGCGGGUUACUGAGCAGGACGGCAAGAUGUAUAAUAGACGGGGUCGAGUAGUAGAGAGGGCUCCAGAUGGGGGCCGGGCCCAGUUGUUUAGGCAACACCAGGAGGAGAUGAGUGAGUAGGGACUGGUUCGCCUAUACGCCAGUAGAAGUAAGGUGUUUUCUGUACAUAGAAAGAGUGAAUCAAGGGUACAGGGUAUC